AUGAGGACAGCCCAGAAGGUCCGCCAGCAGACAGAUACCGUUACAGAGGUACAGUCGAUUACUCUCGUAAGGAACAUCUUAAGGAGCGGUAUCUCCUCGAUUGCCUACUUAAGAUACCUGUUUCCAGAAGAAAAUUUUCAGGACACAAGUUUGGCUGGCCUGAAAAUCAAAUCUCUUGUACCAGCAAACAACAAAGAGAUCGAAGCAUUAAAUAGAUGGAUCGAAGAAGGAGUAUUCGAUGCUUUACAAAAACAUUAUCUUCGCGCACUUGUAUUUUCAGUCUUCAAAGAGUACAAUAACCCAAGUUCUCUAUUGGAGAGUUAUACCUUUAAGUUCACUUACCCAUCCGAUGGAAACGUUUCGCUCGAUUUUACCGCUCAAACAGGAAAUGAAGAGAAGAAGCUUUCAUUCAUGUCCAAAGAGCAGAUCCAACAAGCAUGGUGCACCAUGAUUAGGACAUUGAUCACAUUAAGCCACGCAUUACCGCCUCUUCCCCACAAACGCCAUAUCGCGAUGCGCUUGUACUACUAUGAUGACAUUACGCCAGCAGACUACAAUCCACCUGGAUUUGCCCAAGCAGAUGACGCUCCAGAUUUCGAGUUUAUCGAAGAGAGUGAAAGGAUUGACGUCGGAGGAAGCGUCAAAACCAAAUUCCACUCUGUCCAGAUGCGUCUUGAUACAGCUAUGCCUGCAUACAAGGAGAAACAUCCAGAGGAAGUCACGAUCUCCGAAAUGUCAGAAGAUUUGAUCAAAUCUUUGGUUUUUUGCUUCGAGAAAGGAAGUAUCAACUCGAAAGACAUUUCAAACAAACUCGGUUUGAGUCCAUCCGAUCAACGCGUUGAAGAAAUCAUCCAAGAUCUUUUAUCACGCGAAAUCAUCAUCGUUGAAGAUGGUAUUUAUAAGGUCAAUCAAACCGAGGAGAACCAAUCUUUGUUCAAAGCUGCUCAAGACUAUUUGAACAAAGAAUCUACCAAACCAAUUUAA